UUAACCCUUUACAUAUGCAUUUUGGAUGCCAACACCCCAAAUUUCUGAGGAGAAGGUGGAGCAGAGAGUGCACUAGAUAUCAUUUGACAGGCUCUACUGUGAUAUGAAACACUGUCUGACUCUGAGUGAUAUUGUCCCCAAAGUGCCACCCUAAAUUGUUACAGCAGGCUGAUGUCAGAGAAACGCUAACUUGGCCAGAUGACAGAUACCCAUUCACUACUCAUAAAAGCUCUUCCAUAUUGCUGUUUGUCAGUGCAAUAGUGGCAGAGAAGUAAGCACUCUUUGCCACCGCCAUUGCUGUGUGGUUGGUGUGCUAAUGUUCCCUGACAUGUGUUUGAUCAGUUUCAUACAGAAAUUUACAGUACAAUAUGUGUAACUCUCCAUUGCUGUAUCUUUAUUCUCUCGAAAACCUGAUACUUUGCAUUGAAAAUGGCAGCUGUCAUCAGCUUUAUUAUCAUUUAAUACAAGUUUUUAUUUACAGAGAAAGCUGCUGCCAAACGGAUAUAGCAAUAAUUACAAAAACCGUAGCACAUUCAUAUGGCACAGUACAUAUUUCUAGAUGAAACUGUUAGAGAGAAGGAACAAUAUUUUCAGAAAUGCAGAAGAUGAAGUUAAAAUCGAGAAAAUUUCUGACCCUUUUUAAUUCUGAGGAAUUAAAAAAAGCAGAUUUGGACUAAAGAGCAAUCCAAACAUUCUAAAGGAACAAAAUAAGACCUAUCUUUCCAAUAAGACUUAAUUCAUUACUAACUUUGCUGCCUUUAAAUAUAGUCCUUAUAUAUCCUAACAGUCCGAAAGCUGUAUCUCUCAGAUUUUGUGCACUAUUUACUUUCCUCACGUAAUAAUGCCACUUUAUUCACAGCGUGUUAUCAAAGUUCUUCCAGCACAUCCUUGCCCUGGUUUUUGCGAUUGAUGAGAUCAAUGAGAAUCCCAAGGUCUUGCCCAAUGUCACUCUUGGGUUCCACAUCUAUGACAACUACCAUAACUCUAAGAUGACCUAUCACACCACUCUGGAUCUGCUGUUUAAAUCACAUACCUUUGUCCCCAACUACAAAUGUGGCUACCAGGAAAAUGUAAUAGGAGUCAUUGGGGGACUGAGCUCUGAUGUCACCUUGUGCAUGGCAGACAUCUUGGGUCUUUACAAAAUUCCACAGGUAGGAACAUUAUGGGAAGAGAAAAUUGAGAUUUCACACUAUAAUUCACUCUUCAGCUCUCUUUCCAAUAGGAAUCUAUGGAUUCAUAAAUUUAGAGUGGUAUAACAGGGACUAGUGAAAGGUACUGAAAUGUAUGGGUUUGUUGAUGUUAUAGCAUGGGGGUCUCCAACAAUGUGCAUAGGAGGGACAAGAUUACAAAGGAAGUGUGCUUAAUGCGUGUAAGGGAAGAUUGAUUCAAAAGUGCCAGGUUGAUAAAUUGGAUAUCCAGAUGGGAUCAUAUAAUAUCCUUGGAACAUAUUAUCAGUGGAUCAUGUAAGAUCAGGACAUGUUAACUAGAAUUGCUCUCCAUAAGAAAUGGGAAAUUGAGCAAGAUUGCUUGUGUAUUUUUUAUGUAAGUGGAGGUGGAUAUUUUCCCAAAAAAAUCAUUAAAUUUGGGUGUGUGGGAUAAAGAGGUUUGCUUUUAAUUCUUCCAUCCUUUUCUAAUGGUUCUCUUUUUCCUUUUUCAGAUUUCAUAUGGUUCAUUUGAAGCAGCCACAAAUCAUCAAAUUAAGUUCCCUUCUUUUUACCACAUGGCUCCUAAUGAAGCUCUUCAGUAUCAAGGAAUUAUCCAGUUGCUUUUGCAUUUUGGAUGGAAAUGGGUUGGGCUCAUCACUCCGGCAAAUGAAGCUGGAGAGCAUUUCUUGAAUACCAUUGAACCAAUGUUUUUCAAAAAUGGGAUCUGUUCAGCAUUCACAGAAAGAAUUGAAUACCAUGUGCGUUACACUGGUAACAUAUUUGAGAUGGUCCGUGAUACAAGGAUUUUGUUCCCAGCUUUCGUAACAAGCAAAGCAAAUGCAGUUGUUGUAUAUGGAGACAGUGCAUCUAUUACAUGGUUGUCAACUACUCUAACGUUAAUGAAGUUAUCUGAGUUCAUAUUUUCUCAGUUCAAAAAGAACUUACCUGAAGAAAAAGUAUGGAUAACCACAGCUCAGAUUGAUUUCAUUUUAUAUGAACUUCAGAAAGUUAUUGAUGUUAAUAUUCAAAUGUUCCAUGGUGCUAUCUCUUUUGCAAUUCAUUCCAAGGAAGUUCGUGACUUCCGAGAUUUUCUGCAACAUGUAAAUCCUUCCUGGGAAGAGGGAGAUGAUUUUAUCUCAGGUUUCUGGGAACAAACAUUUGAUUGUUCACUUAUAGACUCCACUAAGUCAACAAAGAAAGCUAAGCCUUGUACUGGAGAGGAAAUGCUGGAGAGCCUUCCUGCGUCAUAUUUUGAAAUGAGCAUGACCAGCCACAGCUACAGUAUCUAUAACGCUGUCUCUGCUUUGGCACAUGCCUUACAUAGGCACUUGGCUGGAUCCAACAACAGAAGAAUGGAGGCUGCAGGCAGACAAUCUCCUCAGAAUAUAGAGCCUUGGAAGGUAGUGUUUGCUGUUACAAAGAGUUUGGUUUACAAAGUGUUCACUAUUGUGCCCUGCCUUGAUAUUUUAUGUGAGUUGGUAUUUAGUUACAAAAAAAAGAAUGAAAAAUAUUCAGUUACAGAAAUAAACUUUAAUAGAUACAAUAUCAAAGAUGGGAAUUAGCAUAUUUCUUAAAAUGAUACUAAACCAACUCUGGAUGAGAGACUUUUAUAAGCACCUGACUAGCAGCUACCUGAAGACUGAAUAGCUGCUAAAUAACAGCAGCUGAGAAGGAAUUGGAAGUAGUGUUUUCCAAUAUUUCAAAUGGCACUUUAAGACACUUUUUGUAGCUUUGGGGUGCGUAGUCACCAUGGGGUGGGUCAUAACAGAUAUCCCAAGCAAGUUUGCUUAGGUGAGGCAUAAUUGUUUAAAUUUAUUUGCUGGGAAUAUGUGUCUGUCAUUUGAUUUAGCAGGAAGUGACAGAAAUACCUGCUUACAAAGAAUUUCCUUCAACAUAUCCUACCUGAUUUCUUUUAUGGAGGCUUUUGAAUGGCCUCCUCAAAUCUAAAAGAAGAUUCCUACUGAGUUGCAACCAAUGCUCCUUAAGCAGAACAUAAAUCAUUGGGAGGUUUUGUAAUACUGUUAAGUUUUUAAAAAUCUUCCGUUCUCAUGUCCGCUCCAGAUAUGAUCCUUAGAACAUCUUCCUCUUAGACAUGAGAAAUUUGCAUGGAGAAGCAACUGCAAAGAUUUUCUUAUGUGCUGAUUGGUUCCAGUUAUUCAAGAACAUAACAUCACACAGUAGUGAUUAAAAAGUGAAAUGGAAAAGGGGCAUAAAAGAAGUCUUUAAACAUGACAGUAUGUAACUUUUCCUCCAUAUGUGAUGUGUGUGGUAUAAAUUCCUUCAUUUGCAGAAAACAAGAAUGGUUCUGCCAAUUCUACACUAUCAUAAACUAUACUUUGAAUUAAAACUUUAUAACCCCUAAUUAUAAAGAUAUUGAAUGCAUCUAGGAAAGCUAUUCAGCAAUCUUAAUCAGAAUGUUAUAAUAAUUUAUAGACCUUUUGAUUCUCUUUCCACCUAGCUCCACUCAUUCCUACAGAAGAUCUCAUUCAACAACUCUGUUGGUGAUGAAAUUACAUUAAAUGAACGUGGAGAAUUAGCAGCUGGUUUUGAUAUUACAAAUUUGAUCACUUUCCCAAAUAGAUCCUACAUCAGAGUUAAAGUGGGAAGGCUGGAUCCUCAGGCCCCUGCAGGCAAAGAGCUCACCAUUAAUGAUGGACAGAUUGAAUGGCACAGGGGCUUGACUCAGGUGAGGAAAUAAAUUUAUCUAAUGUCAGCAUUCAUGGUUAUCCCAUAAAAUAUGAUGCAAGAAGGCUUUUUUUCACUUAGCACCUGAUUAAAUGUGAAGUUUACUGGGACAGAAAAGUGGGCUUUAGAAGAAGACAUUCAUGUCUAGAUGGAUAGCAUUUUAAUGGAGAUAAUCUCUGUUUGAACAAUUAGCUUUCCUUGUAGGAACAUGCUUGCACAUUACUUUAAGACAUCCUAUUUGUUGUCCUGCUUAUGUUGACUGCAUUCUGUUUGGUGUGUUAUAUUAUAUUCUGUAUGGUAUGAAUAUUCCUUUUUAUUUAUUGCAUAUUUGUAAGCCACCAAAGAGUAAGCAAUGUACUUUAAGGAAUACUGUAAGUCUAUCACUAAAUAAACAAAUGAACCACAAUACAAAAUGAGCAGCAUGCACAGAAGACAUCUCCUAUUAAGGAUGACCAGUGGCUACCAGAGAGAGUUGUCAGCCAUUCUUGUUUGUGAAGUCCUAGAGGCAGAUCUCCAGUUAGUGGAAUCUGAUGAUGAUGAUGAUGAUGAUGAUGAUAGAUUUAUUUAUAUCCCACCCAUCCUGCUAGGUUUCCCCAGCCACUCUGGGUGGCUUCCAACAAAAUAUUAAAAUACAAUAGUCCAUCAAACAUUAAAAGCUUCCGUAAACAUAUAAUAGUAAGCUUGUUACGCAUAGAAUACUAAGCUUGUUACAGCAUCGCUUGGGCUUAGAAUGAACAUUAUAAUCUUCUGGAGUUUGAAUGAUGCUAUGUGCAGCAGGUAUACAUCUAGGCAUAGCUGUAGCUAGUGUAUAACCCUAAGAUAGGCAUAAGCAGCCCCCAGCCACAGAAGCCACUUGAGACCCUAGUAAUGAGCUGGAAUCUCAAAGUACUUCCAGAAUACAAACAUCUUAUUUCACAGUGACUCCAAUCCCUCCCAGAAGGGAUCCUACACAUAAAUCUGACACAGAGAAACCACUCACCCAAAGCACUUUUGACUUAUAAGGAUUCAGCCACCAUCUUGUCCAACAAAACCUUCAAAUAGCAGUGCACCACCUUCACUGCUUCUCCUCGGUGACACUGUUCUCCAGAUUCCUAGGAAAUAGACCCUCUUCCAUAUAAAUGUUGAAUCACAAAGAUGACUGAACCUGAAACCUCGUGGGCCAACACAGCCCAAAAGCCAUGGAACUAAGCAAUACCCUCCUAGUAUUACUUUCUAGUAACAACCCUGCAGGUAGGAGCAGAACACUUAUACUAUAGUACCUCCAAUUCCCAAAUCCUUGAUUGGCGUCAUAAGGACACCAAGUGACAUUCCUGAAGGAAACAGCUGUGGUUCCUACAACUGGCAUAGCCAGUUUAUUGAAUUCUAAUAAAGUUGUAUGUUUAGCUAUGCCAACUAUGUUUACCCGAAUCUUAUUGGGCUCGUAUGAUGCUUAACAACUGCUUUUUAUCCUAUUCCAUGCGCCACCUGUGCACAUACGGAUCAUGUUUCAUGUUAUAGGUCCUCCUUUUGCUGAUAGACCCCCUGAUGUUAGAUUAAGUCCCCCCCCCAGACAUUUUCUUAAAAAAUAAAUUAUUUUUAUAUUUUUGGAUAGGUGCCACCCCUGUCAGUAUGUAAUGACAACUGCCAUGCUGGUUACGGGAAGAAAAAAGGAGACAAGUAAAUUUUGUUGCUAUGAUUGUGAACCAUGUCCCAGCGGGAUGUACUCAAGUGAAAAGGGUGAGAAAUUUCAUCUUAAGAUAGACCAAACAGCACAAUUUAUUUAGCAAAUUCUUAGAUCCUUAAAAUUUUGUUAGUGUUAAAAUUCUGGAGGUGAAAGGGCUACAAUUUUGAUGUCUGUAUUGUUCUCAUUGUUUGAAAUGUAAUCUUUAAUACAUCCUGAAGACAUCAUUUUUAGAAAGGAAUGUAAUGCAUUUUACAUACAAAUUCUACUAGAUUAUGAUGGAAUAGAAGUGGUGGUCACUUCUCUAAGAAGAAGGCAGUUUGGAGAUAGAGUGAAUGUCUCAUUCAGUGGACCUCUCUUGGCUCACAAGAUUUCAGCUGUAAUGUUGCUCUCUUUUCACUACAGAGCACCUUGUAAUUCUAAAAAGAAGGAGGAGGGCCACUAACACAUAGAGAUGUCCUCUAUGUAGAAAUUCCAGAUUUGAUGCAUUAGAUUUAUUUCUGAUAUAUCUCAGGCAAAUGUCUUUGGACUAGAAGUUUUGAAAGCUGUCCUGGUAAAUAACAUUAGCUAGGUGAACUCCUGAUGACAAAAAUUCUUAAGAAUUUUCUUCAUAGUUUCAAAUUCUCCUAAACAUUUGUCUUUUCAGACAUGGAAACAUGUAUCAGUUGCCCAGCAAAUAAGUAUCCAAACAAAGACCAGGAUAAUUGCAUUCCUAAAAUACCAAACUUUCUUGGCUUUGAUGAAACUUUGGCCAUCAUUUCAACUUUCUCGGCACUACUGUUGUCUCUGAUCACAGCUCUAGUGUUUGGCAUCUUCAUUAAACACCGGGACACUGCCAUCGUCAAAGCCAACAACAGAAGCCUCACUUACAUUCUCCUGGUGUCCCUCCUUUUGUGUUUCCUCUGCUCCUUGAUGUUCAUUGGAACACCUAAGGAGGCAACCUGCCCACUCCGACAAACAGGUUUUGGCAUCGUCUUCUCUGUGGCCCUCUCUAGCAUCUUGGCCAAAACUAUAUCAGUGGUUUUGGCAUUCAUGGCUACCAAGCCAGGAUCCACAAUCAGGAAGUGGAUAGGCAAAAAACUGGCUUAUUCCAUUGUCCUCUCCUGCUCUAAAAUUCAAGUAGGGCUUUGUAGUCUUUGGCUGACAACUUUCCCCCCUUUCCCAGAUUUGGACAUGCACUCAAUGAGUGAAGAAAUUAUAUUCUUAUGUAAUGAAGGGUCAGUCCUCAUGUUCUAUUGUGUUUUGGGCUACAUGGGCUUCCUUGCCAUUGUCAGCUUCACUGUGGCCUUCUUAGCCAGGAAGUUGCCAGACAGCUUCAAUGAAGCCAAGUUCAUCACCUUCAGCAUGCUGGUCUUCUGCAGUGUUUGGAUCUCCUUCAUUCCAACCUACCUGAGCACCAGGGGAAAAUACAUGGUGGCUGUGGAGAUUUUCUCCAUCUUGACUUCUAGUGCUGGGUUACUGGCUUGCAUCUUUUUCCCCAAAUGCUACAUUAUUCUUGUGAGGCCUGAGCUGAACACCAGAGAACAUCUAAUACAAAGAAAGAUGAAUAAUAAAUAAUAUUAGAAUCUGUGAUUUUCAAGUUGGUAUUCUACAGUGAAAUGUCAAAAAUGUGAAUGAAUGAGGACAAAGUGACCAAACGAAACUAUUUCAACAAUUUUGUACUUUGUUUCUAAACUGCAAAAUGGUUGCAUGUUCUUUUAAGAGCCCUUUCUGAUCAACUGAG